CUUCCUCCGGCUGGGGGCGGCUGGGUCGGCGCUCGCCGGGAUCCUGUUCCUCCUCCCUCGGUGCAUGGUCGUGGCGGGAGCGGGGGAGGGUGAGCCCGGCGGGGCGCGGGCCGGAGGCUGCGGCGGGAGCAAAGCCCCAGCGCGGAGGAGCCGCCGCUGCCAGGCCGAGAACACACACCUGGUAGAACCUGAACAUCAUUCUGCACAGGCAAGUCUGAGAAAUUCAGAGUUUAUAAGAAAAUUUCAAAGGUAACUCGGGGACCAAACACGUCGUAGUCAUACAUUCUUCUGGUGUUUCCUGAAGAGGUAUUGCCAAGCAUCUGAAUUAGUUGACCAAGACCUAAGGACUUGGAACAGUGGUGUGUGAUGUCAGACAGUGGGCAGUCCUUUCAGCCUCCACCACCAGCCUGCAACAUCAUGUGCCAGUAUGAAUAUUAAGAAAGAAGAGUGUACUUCAGAGCUCAGCAUCCCAGAAAGAAAAAAAGAGGAACAGAGAGAACAAAUAACUGCACUGCUUGCAAAACUUGGGGCUGUUUACUUUUUCUUCUGAGAAGCAUCAUCUUGGCAUCUCUGAGACAGCUGAAAAAGCAGGGAGAACAGCUACUGGGAUUUUCUUAGGGUCCUUUUUUUCUUUUUUAACUUAAAUUUUUCCUCCCCUUUUACCUGGAUUUUAAGACUGUCAGCUGCACUGAUCACAGGCACUGGACAUCAAUAUGUGUCAUGUCAUUGUAACGUGUCGGUCAAUGCUGUGGACUCUCCUGAGUAUUGUGGUGGCUUCUGCAGAGCUCAUAGCUUUCAUGAGCGCAGACUGGCUGAUUGGCAAAGCAAAGCCUUCAAGCUCUGAGGAUGCAGACAACGGAACAGGGGGGUCACAGGAACCUUACCGUCCGACUCUGGGCAUCUACGGGCGCUGCACCAGAAUCUCCCACAUGCAGUUUUCUAGACGAGACACACUUUGUGGUCCUUACGCCGAAAACUUCAAUGAGAUUGCCAGUGGGUUCUGGCAGGCAACUGCUAUUUUCCUAGCCAUGGGAAUUAUGAUUCUCUGUGCUGUGGCAUUUGUGUCUGUCUUUACUAUGUGUGUGCAGAGUAUUAUGAAGAAAAGCAUUUUUAAUGUCUGUGGGCUGCUACAAGGGAUUGCAGGCCUCUUCCUUAUUUUAGGCUUGAUAAUUUACCCUGCAGGUUGGGGAUGCCAGAAAGCAAUAAGCUAUUGUGGACCUUAUGCUUCUGCUUACAAACUAGGAGACUGCUCCGUGGGCUGGGCUUUCUACACAGCUAUUGGUGGCACUAUUCUGACGUUCAUCUGUGCAGUCUUCUCGGCGCAAGCUGAAAUAGCCACGUCCAGUGACAAAGUGCAAGAAGAAAUAGAAGAAGGAAAAAACCUUAUCUGCCUCCUUUAACUCCAGUGGGGAAAAGAUACCAGUGCCUCGAUCUUAAUCUGCUUUCUAUUGACUGGUCAAGCAGAUCCACUUACUUAUUUCUACCAUUUGUGUGACUGAGCCCCAUGCAUCCCAGCCCCGAACUACUGAAACGGUCUUUCUCCCUUGCUCGGCAAU